AUGCGAGAAGCGGAGGAAUUCACGGAAUGGCUAGCUUCCGCAGCUCAGUCCCACUGGCGGCACCGGGAUCAGCUGGAGCAGCCGGUGAUGGUGGUUGGAGUGGUGGCUAAAAGCUCGCGAACUGGUGAACCCGGAGGCAAAUUGAUUGAAAAAUUGGUUGAAAAUGCGGUGUUUUGUGGCAGUUACGAGAAGAAUCUGGGUGGAAGUGUAAGCUUUUUUGAUUUUUUGCUUGGUUUUUAGGUGUAUUUGGCUUGUGUUUUGGGUUUUUAAGGUGAUAUUGAGGUAGAUUUAUUUGUUUUUCAAAUGGAAUCGCGAAAACAUAAAUGGAUUUACAAUAUUUUAGCUUUUUUGGACAAUAUUAGGACUUUAAAAAGACUUUUUACUUUUUAAUUAUUUUAACGAGUUAUAAACUUGUUGUAGCUUGAAAUAUAAUAGCAAUUUAUAUCGAAAAGUAAUGAAAAUCAUUUCAGAUUGAAGUAUAUUACUCUCCAUACCAUCAGAUUGUCUUCUUGUACCUGAAAAGCUAUCAUGAUGGCCAAUUACAGCCAAAGUUAUUUACAGAGAAUAAAGUAAGUAUAAAGGUUGGGUGGGACAAAAGUUUUUUGGAUUUUUUUUCGAAAUUUUGGGUGGCUCAAAAUUUUUUGUACAAGCUAAACCUCAUUUUAAGACUAUUUCAAUGUCAUUUCACAUCGACUUAAGAUUAACCCUUUUAUUUUCAGAGAUUCUUCGAGGUCCUACAAGAAGUUGAACAUUUGUUUAUAAAGUAUUUAUUCGCUAUCUUUAUCUUAUCCCAUGUUGUUAUAUUCAUUCAGCCGGACACACGAAUUGAUUCGGUUUUGAUUCGAAAUUUGAUAUCUGUUAAUGAAAUUCGGUAAGGUUUUAAUUAUUUUUGGUUUUUAGGUCAUUUUGAAUUAUGUUUGGUCGACGAGUUUGUAGAAAGGGUUUUAUUAAGGGUAAGAAAAGUCUUGUCGCCAAUUUACGUUGGAAUUAGGGACGAAAAACGACAAGGCUUUUUCACUGCUAGACGUUUGGAAAUGAAGUUUUGGAAACCUGGUCAAUAAGUUUAUAUCAUCGAUUUUAGUGCUCAAGUACGAUCGAAAUACACAAAAAGCCUUGUGGCCGCCUCAGGCCUUCCUACGAUUUGGGCCGACGAAGGACGACUCGCCCUACCUAGAAUUUUGUUUUUAAUGCACGAAAAUAGAGUCAAACGAGGUUCUGUUUUAAGACCUGGACAAAAUUUUCCGGAUUACAAUAUUAUGGUAGGUUUCAAGAAAAAUUUUUACGUUUCAAGGAUAUUAUCAUAGGUUAAUUUGAUAUUUUAGGUCGAUCGACUGGAACGGUCAAGAGAAUUCCAAAUUGUACAUUUACUGAGGUCACAAUCAUUGACUGCUGAGCAUUUGUGAGUUUUUUAAAAGUUUUUGUGAGGUUAAGAUAACUUUUUUGCACGGUGCAAUUAUUUUUUAGUGUGCACUGUGCAGUCCUUUUUCAAAAAAUCACUGUGCCAGUAUUUAUGUACUAAUAGGUUAAAAAUUAGGUUUGCUAUGUUUUUAUCGUUGUCUACUAAAAGUGAGAACAGUAUUUGUUGCCUAAAAUGGUUCACAAAAUUUACUGGAAUUUUUUAAAAAUAUUUGCACGGUGCAACAGAAUUACAUGGUUGCACUGUGCAGAAAAUUUUUUUUAAGAAAAUUAUGAAAAACUUUAAUGUUGACAUAAAAUACUGACAUUUUAGAGGAAUCGCCUUGGCCAGCCUUUCUCCACAUCGUAUUCCCUUUGUCCACAUCGUUGAUCCAUCAGAGACAGAGACCCAAGUCAUAGAAGAAUGUCUUCUAAACCUAUGUAAAGGUGUCAUCGAUACGACCGCAUGCUCAGAACUUAUCGACCAAAACAUGUCAUCACUGAUCAAGACCGAACAACGAUUGUCAUCGGUUGACUUUUUCCGAAGACACGUCAAAGAUAUCAUGAAUCGAGAGUCAAAACAAUCAUUCUUUUUUCUCAUACCUAUGUUAAAAGAGUUUGUGGAAGGAGCUGGCGUUCUGAUGCAGGUUACGAGAGAUUCCAGCGUGAUCAAGGAGGACAAAAUGAUCAGAUGGCUGUCGGAGGAGAAGCUCUUUGAGAAUGAGUAAGGGUUUGAGUUUUAAAUGGCAAUCUUUCUUUAAAAAACCAGGAAUGGCAAGAACUUUCUUUACAAAACGAAAAAUGGCAGGAAUUUUCUUUACAAAACAAAAAUGGCAAGAACUUUCUUUACAAAACAAAAAAUAGCAAGAACUUUCUUUACAUAGCAAAAAAUGGUGUAUAGGUAAUACGAUGAUUUAAAAUUUAAUUUUAGUUUAAUAUCGCAAUAUUUCCGAGCGGCUACGGAUCUAUAUUGUACAUUAUUGAAUGAUAGAAAGCCGCUAUCAAAGUUUAUGCAGAACAUUGAUGUUAGUGGAGCUAAACAUAUCAAGGCGGUAGGUUUUUGUAUUUUUUUGUGGGCGGAGUCAGUGCCGGGCGGGAUAUUUGGUCUGGGGGCGGGGGUCGAAAAAAUCCACAGGGGGGACUCCGUUCAGCUUUUUUUCGAAAUUUUUUUUUCUGGAGGGGGGGGUUCUCACCUCCCUCCCCCUUUCCCCAGCGCCCGGCCCUGGGCGGGGUGGUUUUUUUUGGGGGGAGGGGAUUUCCAAAUUGUAACUCGGGUGAGGGUUAACGUAAUAGGAAUUUAAUGUUUUGGAACUUGUAAAUUUUCCUCUUUUCAGUUUUUACCAAUGAUGACAUUUUUAAAAGAACCCCAAUCUUUCAGAUAAAAUACGUAGGAGCAUUCCUCCGUCUAACCUUAUCAUCCUCCCAAUUGGAAACGAUUUGGCCUGCCGUAGUCAGAAGAUGUCAGUUGAUCUUCAAAGGAUCAACCAAUCAGUGUUAUACGAGAUCCAUUACGGACAGUAAAUGCAAGUUACUGGCCCACAAAGUCCGAGGAUGCUAUGUCGCUGGUAAAUCAAUGUCCGAGGGAUUGAAGUAAGGAAUUAAAAAAUUUUUUUUUGAAAUUUUUAAAAAUUUUGAGAUUUUUUGUUGUAAAGAAAGUUCUUGCCAUUUUUUGAUUUGUAAAGAAAUUUCUUGCCAUUUUGUGUUUUGUAAUGAAGUUUUUUGUCAUUUUUCAUUUUGUAAAGAAAGUUCUUGUCAAUUCAACUAAUUUUUUUCAUAGAACUAACUAAGCCUAAGCUUAAAACUUAAUUAUUAACCUAAAAACCAAGUCAAACUUUUUAAAUUGCCAUUUUCAGAGGUCGCUGCUUCAACCACUUUUCCGGCUUUUCCCAUCUCUCAACUUGUAGUUGUGGCCGAACCCAGAAGCUCAGGAAUGACCCGUUCAAUGUAAAAGAAGCCAAUUACGACUUUUAUCAGCAAUUCGAAUGCUGUAAAAAGCUGGAAAACAUGCCUUUUAGGCUUUACAAUCCUGGAAUCAAGUGUAAGAUUUUAAAAUUUAAAAAUUAAAUUUUUUUUUGAAAUUUUUGUUUUAAAAAUUAUUUUUUUAGUUUUAAAAAAUGGAUGUUUUGGGGUUAAAAAUGAAUUUUUUGGCUUAAAAAGACGUAUUUUAGCUCAAAAAAGAUAGUUUUCAAAUUUAAAAUCACAUUUUUAUAUUUUAAAAUGACUUUUUUAAAUCGCUUUGUCAUAAUAUACGUUACAGGGGAUGUAAACACAACAGAAACCAAGGUAGUCCGAAAAGGUGACCAGCCAAAACCCAGAGGCCUUAAAGUAAUGUCAAGAAGAGAAGACUCCUCCUUCAGCACCGAAGACUCCCGAUCAGUCAGUGAAUACACAAUAAAUCGACCGAAAAGCCGCGCUCAAGUCCUCAACGAACUCACAUGGCAGUACAAUAAAAUGUGUCAUGAUCACAGUGACAAAUACCUGAAAAGCAUGUGGUACACAGUGAUCAAGGAGAAUAUUGACAAGGAAAAUGUGAUUGGAAGCGAUGGAAUGGACAGUGAAGAUGAGGAAAUGGGUGAGAAUGAAGGGAGAAUAGAAAGGAAGAAAGAAAAAGCAGAAAUGAAAGAACAGAAAAUAGAAAUGAAAGGACAAAAAGUGGAACUAAAAGGACAAAAAAUGAAGUUUCAAGUUGAGAAGAACGGAGUUGGAGACCAAAAAAUGAAAUUUCAUGACCAAAAACUACAAAAUCACAUCCAAAAGUCAGCAGUAAACGGCCAAAAAUCAGCCGAAAAUGGCCAAAAACCAACCGAAAAUGGCCAAAAACCCAAGGAAAACCAAAAAGAACUACUGCCAUUAUAUUCAUCAUGGUCGGUGGUAUGUCUCGGCCCAAGCAAAAUCUACAUUCAUGCCAAUGGCCUAAAAGAUCAACCCAAUUUUGUCAAAGGAUCACAGUUCCUAAUGCCAUGGGACCUGAGUUUAACGGUGAAAACCGACCGAUGGACUAAUGGAAUGAUGGAUAUACUAAAGACGGAUCGAUUGCCAUAUAGAGAAAAGAGGUUGGAUGAAGAUGUGGUUCAUGGAACGCAUAGGGAAAAGGUUAAGGUAAGGAGUGGGGGUACUUUUUGGAGGUUAUGUGGCAGUAAGAUGGUUAAGAAUUGAUAAUAACAAUAUUUUUCAGCUUUUCGUGGGCUUCGAGUACGAAUGUCCGAGCGGUCACCGUUUCUUCACGGACAAACCUCAACAUAUCCUUUAUCAUGACAGAAACGAUGGAAUUUUAAGGGUAAUUUUUAAAAAAUGGUACCAAUAUAUCAUGAAAUUCUGGGGAAAUGGUACUAAUUAGUAUCAAAUAAUAAUACCAAAAUUUUCAGACGGAAGCAUCAGAGCUAGUAGCUUCAAAUCUACCACUAUAUGCUCGCUGUAAAUGCUCGAAGACGGUGAUUGUCAAUGCUCAACUAAUGAGAAUCCACUUGGUUACUCCAAAAGCACCAGUUGGCGUUCGGCUGGUACCAAUGGUUAUGGUAAGAGAAUUUAUGACAAAUUUAGAGGUCGGGAGGAGGUUUUUAGGGCUUUUAGACUAGCCUGGGGAUAAUGGUUUCUUAGGCUUUGGGCGGGGGUUGGUGAAAUUUUUUUGGGGCCGGGGAAAAUAGAUAUUUUUGGGCUUUUAGGCGGGUCAUUUAAAAAAAGAGUCUGACAGUUGAUAAAAAGUAGUUCAGAAGGAGUCUUGUAAAAAAAAGAACGGGCGUGGUAAAAAAUUUUUUUGGGGGUGGGGAGGGGCAAAAAAUUUUUUUUUGACUUUUGGAUUAUACAGCCUAUAACAACAUAAAAGUUUACUACAGUGAUCUUUUUAUAUAUAUAUAAAACUAUAGAAACAUAAUUUUUCAGCUCGACAGUGGUGGCUACUUCCAUAUGGGCCAAGUAGCCGAGCUAUCACACUCCCGCUACUACGUCCUACGAUUCCCAUUUGCAUACGAAAGCCAUGGUAAACUCCACAAGAAGCCGAUUUCAUCACCAUCAACUUGUGGUACACUACUGCAGAACGCGAUUCAAGUGUAUGCGAAGUGA